GAAUUAGAAAACCUUGGUAUUGCUGAGGGAUAUCUCUAGAUCUUCCUGAAACCUCAAAUUCCUGAAUACUGUAAUAAGAGUUGUUGAAUUGUUGCAUACCCAGUAAUGAACAGAAGACAUGUUAAUAAGCACCCUUUCAAGUGAAAUAUUCGUACAAGUGAAAGAACCCAGCCAGAUUGCUUAAUCACCCCUCCAGUCUCCCCAAAAGAAAAUAAUGGAUUGGUUCAUGUAACCAAAAAGUCAGAGGGUUUGCAGCUUCAGGUAGAGCUGGAUCCAGAUGCUCAGGCAAUACCUUCAGAAAUCUGUAUCUUUAUCUUUCUCAGCUCUGCUGUCCUCUGUGUGAACUUGAUUCUUGGACUACAUCUCCUCAGAUCGUGGCACUGAUGAUAUGAGAAGCUCCAGACUUAAUCCCCACCAAUGUAACAGUCCCAAGGGAAAGAGAGCAGCUCUUCCACGAGAGAUCUAGGGACGGUCCUACUCCCUAGAGUAGGAUGCUUAUGUCUCUGAUUGGCCUGGUUUGGGUCAUUUGCUCACUUUUAAAAUAAUCUUUAUGUUUAAAAAAUAAUGGGGUGGGCGGAGCUGCCAUGGUGGACAGCCGCCCCGCAGGGGGCACAGCAUUGGUGGUCCUGGCCCCCAAGCUGGGCAGUGGCAGUGUCUGCUUUCACAGACCCCCUGGGGCUGCAGGUGAGGGCCCAGUAAGGUGCCAAGGGAAGGUCAUGGUUAAGUAUGACCUCGAGGAGCUACGGAAGUGCCUCAACCUGGAGGAGUGGAUCCUGGAGCAGCUCCCUGGCCUCUACAACUACCAGGAAGGGGAGAUGCUGGAGCUGGAGAUUGCUGUGGAUGAAUUCCUGGAUGUGGAGAGUGAUGAGACAGCUGCCGGGGUCAAGGAGCUGCUGGUGGACUGUUACAAACCCACUGAGGCCUCCGUCUCUGGCCUGCUGGACAAGAUCCAGGACAUGCAGAAGCCAAGCACACCCCGGAAGAAAGGAAGGGUCCCCCACGCAAGUGAACAGUGGCUCCACAGGACAACCCCUGCUCCCCGACCUCAUAGCAACAGCAAUACUGGGGGGCCCUGCAGCCAGGCCUGGUGCCACGAGUGGGGCUCCCCGUGCCUCUGGCCCAGAGGUGUCUUCCUAGACAUUAAAAAAAAAAAGAUAACAGGGUUUCUCAUUGGUGUCGCCUGGGUUACAUGUGCACCCACAGAGCUGGGGGGAGGGUAAAGUCUAGGCUAAUGACAGACUGAGGUGGAGGGAAGGAUAGUUACCCAAAGAAACAUUAGAGCUCUGUUUCCAGAAGAAAGGGUGAAGGACUGCUGGGCAGCCAAAACUGAGAGCUGUCCAGUACAGGAGAUAAGAGCAACGUUGUCCUGUGUGCUGGGUAGUGGGCUUGGCUCUCCUACCAGCCGAGUGACUUUGUGCUGCAGGUGGAGCUUGCAGAGCACAGGUCAAACCCCGGUCUUAGAAGAGUGACACUUAGUCCAUGCCGGGGACCUCCAGGGCCAUGAAAACAGUU